ACCACAGGGCGACGAGAGGAAGCUGCAAUAAACACACAGGGCGUCUGCGCCUAUCUAAGUAGGACAAUAAAGUGCAAACGGCAUCAAUGCGUUAAUAAUGGAUCUACCAGAUAUGCUGCUUCUCAAAGUUGUCCUCUUCGUCUACUUGCUAAACUCCACUCAAGGACAGUAUCGGAAUCCCCUCAACAAGUACAUCAGGCACUAUGAAGGCCUUUCCUACGACACAGAGGUUGUUCACAGCAAGCAUCAGAGGGCCAAAAGAGCACUCUCUUCUGAAGACCAGUUUCUUCAUUUAGACUUUCAUGCACACGGAAGGCAUUUUAAUCUACGCAUGAAGAGAGAUGCUACCUUGUUCACCCCUGAUUUGAAGGUGGAUGUUUCAGGAGAAGAAUCAACCUAUGAUACCUCUCACAUCUACACCGGAGAAAUCUAUGGAGAGAAAGGUACCUUGGCUCAUGGCUCCAUCGUGGACGGUAAAUUUGAGGGCUUCAUUCAGAGUUACCACGGCAACUACUACGUGGAGCCUGCUGAGAGAUACCUGGAGGGUAAAGACGUGCCUUUCCACUCCGUCAUGUACCACGAAGACGACAUACACUACCCACACAAGUAUGGCCCAGAGGGAGGCUGCGCUGAUAGCACAGUCUUUCAGAGAAUGAAGCGAUAUCAAGCCUCCGCUGUAGAGGAGCCGUCCAAGGCACAUCAGACUGGCAUUAAUGAUGCUGUGAUGCAGAGGAAGAAGAGGAUGGCCCAGGCUGAGAAAAACACUUGCCAGCUCUUCAUCCAGACUGAUCACCUAUUUUACACGCACUACAAGACAAGAGAGGCUGUCAUUGCUCAGAUUUCCAGCCACGUUAAAGCCAUUAACGCCAUCUAUCAGGGCACAGACUUCCUAGGGAUUCGCAAUAUAAGCUUCAUGGUGAAAAGGAUCAGGAUCAACACCACCAGUGACGAGAGGGACAAGUCCAACCCUUUUCGCUUUGGCAACAUCGGAGUGGAGAAGUUCUUGGAACUGAACUCUGAGCAGAACCAUGACGACUAUUGUUUGGCCUAUGUUUUCACAGACAGAGACUUUGAUGAUGGCGUGCUGGGUUUAGCCUGGGUGGGAGCCCCCUCAGGGAGCUCUGGAGGGAUUUGCGAAAAAAGCAAGUUGUACUCUGAUGGGAAGAAGAAGUCUCUCAACACGGGAAUAAUCACUGUGCAGAACUAUGCCUCCCACGUACCUCCCAAAGUCUCCCAUAUCACCUUUGCGCAUGAAGUAGGACACAACUUUGGAUCGCCGCACGACUCCGGUUCCGAGUGCACUCCUGGAGAGUCCAAGAGCCAAGACAAAAAAGAGAAGGGCAAUUACAUCAUGUACGCGAGAGCUACGUCAGGGGACAAGCUAAACAACAAUAAGUUCUCCAUCUGUAGUGUACGCAACAUCAGCCAGGUGUUGGAGAAAAAGAGAAGCAACUGUUUUGUCGAGUCUGGCCAGCCUAUAUGUGGAAAUGGCCUAGUGGAGCCAGGAGAGGAGUGUGACUGUGGCUACAGUGAUCAGUGUCGGGACCAGUGCUGCUAUGAUGCCAACCAGCCUGAUAACAAGAAGUGCAAAUUAAAGCCCAACAAAGUCUGCAGUCCCAGCCAGGGACCUUGUUGUACUGCUGAGUGCGCCUACAAAGGUCGCAAUGAAAAGUGCAGGGAUGAGUCGGAGUGCGCUCAUCAAGGCAUGUGUAACGGAGUGAGCCCGCAGUGCCCGUCAUCCGAGCCCAAGGCCAACUUCACCGCCUGUCACGGCGAGACUCAAGUGUGCCUCAAUGGAGGCUGCUCAGGCUCCAUCUGUGAGAAAUAUGGACUUGAAGCAUGCACAUGCGCCAGUCAAGAGGGUACAGAUGAGACGGAGCUUUGCCACGUGUGCUGCAUGCAGAAGAUGAACCCCAGCACGUGCAGCAGCACCGGGUCGCUGAGUCUGGCUGACUUCUUCCAAAAGAAAGUGACCACCCUCCCGGCGGGUUCGCCUUGCAACGACUUCAAGGGGUACUGCGACGUGUUCAUGAAGUGUCGUCUGGUGGAUGCGGAUGGACCUCUUGCUCGGCUCAAAAAGGCCAUUUUCAACCCAGAGCUUUAUGAGAACAUUGCUGAGUGGAUUGUGGCCCACUGGUGGGCAGUGUUGCUGAUGGGCAUUGCUCUUAUCAUGCUGAUGGCUGGCUUCAUUAAGAUCUGUAGCGUCCAUACACCUAGCAGUAACCCCAAGCUCCCUCCUCCUAAGCCACUUCCAGGUACUUUGAAGAGGCGACGAGCGCAGCAGCAGGCCAACUCCCAGGUGCAGCACCAGUCGCAGCACAGCGGCCACGGUGCUCAUGGCGGUCAGCGACAAGCACAAAGGCAGCCUCAGCGGCCGGCACAGCACCAGCGGCACCACCGCCAGCAAAGAGAGAACUAUCAGAUGGGCCAGAUGAGACGCUGAGACCGAAACCCAAACCUCCACCCCUGCCGCCAGAUCCCCCCCGCCCCCCAAUGCCUUGGCUCCUCCUUGUGCCUACUGUGGGAUAACUAAAGCGUCACUCCAUCCAAAGAAAAAGCCUGACAUGGUCGUUAGUCACCAACGUAUUUUCCAUCUUGACAAACACACCAAGAAGAGAACAUCCAGCAGCUUCCUUCUGGCUCUUUGUAGGAGUGGACCGUCAGCCAUUUGCAGCGCCGCACGAUCUGGGUUCUUUUUCCAUUUUCAUUUGAUAUGGUUUGAAAUUCAGAGGAGUGCCAAGGAGUUAAGGAAUCAUCUGUAGAUUUAGUACACUUUGUGAUGUGUUUUGGUUCUUUUGCGACGUCGUCUCCAGUGACACGCCUGUGGCUGCCGGUAAAUUUUGUCUGUGCUUUUCUCGCGCCAUUCUAGCCCAAAAUGACAGAGAAAGAGAGAGAGAGAGAGAGACACGGCAGGGGAGUGGCGGCACUUGUGUGAUUUCCACAUGUACAAACAGCAAAAGACACAUGCUGCCGUCUCUAUUGUGCAGACAGUCUCCUGCAUGUGACUGUACAUAUUUAGUGUAUCAUAAGUGAAAACAAACUAUUUCUUCUACUGUAAAUGGGUAAUUCUUCACUCUUCUCUGUUUUGUUUGUUUUAAUUUUUUGGUUAGCGCUCUCAGGACUUUUAACACACAAGCGAAGAAGGAAUGAUAGUCGCUAAGAGCUCUGUGGACAUCGUCGCAGGCGAUCUGACUCUGUCGUCCAAUCAGGUGGAGCUCUGUCACUUUAGGUUGCUUGAUUCUGAAUUUAUACAACAAAGUCACCAUAUCCCUCUUUAUUUUUAUUUUUUUUUGGAUCUGUCUCCUUUUUACUGCUUAAUUUCUUGUUCGUGUUGCUUAAGCUCGAUGUGAGGAAGAAGAGACCACCUUGCUUUUUCAACCCCUCUUUGACCAGUUUAAUUUAGCUAUACAAAGAAUGAAUAACCACUAAAUGAACGUAUGACGCGAGGGUUGCUGUGGCCUAGUUUAGAAGUGAGAGUUGACGUGCGUGUGGGAAUAAAAAUGAUUCCGCGGAUGUGUGUAAAAAAAACAA